AUGGUGGCUUCCUCCGAUUCGUGUGAUUGCAAAAUGCUACUCAAGGUGGCUGAACAACAGUGGGUUUCCUCAGGGGAAAAUGCUAGCGAAAGGAGAUGGGAAAAUGAAAAGGCUUAUUUGUGGAAGAGAGGGAAGAAAAGAUUAGUGGAAUGUGAAUGGAGAUAUGAAAGAGUGAUGAAGGAUGAUGGAAUGAGAAGAGAGGGUCAUGUGGUCUCAGUAGAGGGAGUUCGUGUGGACCCAAAGAAUAUUAGGGCAAUUCUGGAGUGGAGAUCGCUAAGAAGUGUCACAAAGGUGCGAAGCUUUUUGGGGCUUACAAGUUACUAUCGCAAAUUUGUUGAGGGGACCACCACUAUUGCAACACCCUUAACGAAGCUAAUACAGAAAAAUGAAGAGUUUGCAUUGACGGAAGAAAGACAAAACAACUUCAAGAGACUUAAGACGAUACUCGCUAAAGCACCUAUGUUGGUUCAAUCAGAACUUGGGAAAGACUUUGUAGUCUACAGCGACACAUCGCACUUAGGUCUUGGUUGCAUGUUGAUCCAAGAACGAACAAUAAUGGCUUAUGCCUCUAGAUAG